AUCUCUUUUAUUAUUAAAAAAUAUAUUUUUUUACUCAAAGAAAGAGACAAUGGCUCGUUCCAUUUGCUUAAUGACAUUAGUGGUCUUGGCAAUGAUGCUCUUUGUUGCCUAUGAGGUGCAAGCUCAGAAGAAUCAGCAAAUUUGCAAAACAGUAAGCCAAACUUUCAAAGGAGUAUGUAUUACCAACUAUCCAUGUAGAAAAGCUUGUCUCAAGGAGAAGUUCACAGAUGGACAUUGUAGCAAACUCCAAAGAAGGUGCCUAUGCACUAAGCUUUGUGUAUUUGAGAAUAUUUCAAGUGAAGUUAAAACAACUUUGGUUGAGGAAGCAAAAACUCUAGGGGAAGCUUUGCUUGAAGAAGAGAUUAUGAUGGAGUAAUUAAGUGAGAUUAAGGAUUUAAGUGUCACACAUAAUUAAUAAAGUGCUCCCUUUGUUAAAAGUCUGGUAGCCAAUAUAAUGUUGUGCAUUAAUGGCUUUUAGUAACCAUUUUGGCAUAUUAAAUAAGUUGUGACACAUCAUUAAUCCUUUGGAUCUUGUACAAAGUUUAUCUAUGUUUCAAUGAAAAAUGGUCUUCUAUGGUGA